AUGGCAUCAUCAUCUGGUACAGUACCUGAUGUAUUACCAUCGCAAAUCUUAAGUGUUAGUCCGAGUUUACCUACGAAUAAAUUACUUGAUAAUUUAACAAAAAAUCAAAGACUGUUACAAUUAUUACCACAAAAUUAUGAGAAACGUCAAUUAUUCACUAAUUUUUAUAAGACUUUAUUGGAUGAUUUCUUCUAUUCACAUGAACGUCCUGAUGUACAAUUAUAUGCUGCUAUUUGUUUAGCAGAUGUUAUUCGUGUUUGGGCACCGAAUUUACCUGAUGCACCACCUGAAAAAUUACUGAAUAUGUUUAUGUUUCUUGCGCGUCAAUUACUUGGUUUAAAAAAUAUUGAUGAUCGACUAUUUAGUCGACGGUAUUAUUUACUUGAAAAUUUAAGUAUGGUACAAUCAUUCAUCCCAGCUGUUAAUCUCGAAGAUAAUCGUGGGUGUCAAAUAAGUACUGUCGUACUUAAUAAUCUAUUUAAUGCUGUACAAAAAAAACAUACAGAUCAAUUAAAAAAUUUAAUGAUUGAAAUUAUUACAGUUAUUUUGGCUGAAUAUGAAUCAGUUCCAUUUGCAUUAUUAGAAUUAUUAUUUGCAAGAAUCAUUGAUCCAGAAAAAAAAUUACGUGAAGAAUGUUAUGAACUAGUCGAAUCAAUAAUUCGUCGCGGUGAACCAUAUUUAAAAUCAUCUAUAGCUGAUUAUUUCAAAGCUGUUUUGAUUACUGAAGAUACUGAUUCAUUACAAUUACAUACAAAAAUUUAUUAUGUAUUUGAUGAAUUAUGUCAUAUUUCUGAAGCUAUCGUUGAUGAACUUAUUCCAACAAUUGAACAUCGAUUAACUGUAUCAAAUGAAAAACAUCGUCGUGAUGCAGCAAAAAUUAUAGCAUACGUAACAAGUUCGCCAAAUAAUGAUUUUGCACAACGACAUAAAACUUUAUGGAGUACAUUUCUUGAUCAAUUUAAAAAUGGUACAACUGAAGUACAAUCAACUUGUAUUAAACAUCUUAAAAGUUAUUUUGUUAAUCAUCCAGAAUUACGAGGAGAUCUUGAAGAUGUCAUGAUUCGAUUAAGUCUUUCAAGUGAUACAAAUAUUCGUUCACAACUUAUGGCACAAAUACGUGCUAUAACUAGUUCAAAUCUAUUGGAUAUUAGUGAUAAAAUCAAACAAAUUUUAUGUGAACGUGCACGAGAUAAAAUUUGGGAAGUUCGAAAAGAAGCAUUAGAUUAUCUUGGACAUGUUUAUAAGAAAGAAUGUCAUAGUACUAAUUGGUCAAAUGAUACACAAAAACAAUUAACUUGGGUUGCAAAUUGUAUUAUUCAUUUGUAUUAUCAAAAAACUACACAAGACAAAUUAUUAGCUGAACGACUCUUAACAUUUUAUUUAAUGCCAUGGGAUGUGAAUACCGAUGAUAAAGUGAGAGUUUUGCUGACAUUGUAUUCAAAUGUGGAUGAAAAUGCACAACGUGCAAUUCGUGAAAUGAUGCAUAGUAAAUUUUUAUUUCGUCGACAAUUAGUUAAACUAAUUGAUUUUUGCUUACAAAUGACUGAUCCAAAUAUACCUAAUGAUGAAAAACAAUUAAUAGAAUUAAAACUUGUUAGUCUUAUUCAUGUUAUUGCCUUACGCUGUUUACCAAAUCCAGAUAAAAAUGAAUCUGUUCUUAAAUCAUUUGCUGUCUACGCAAUAAAAAAUCAUAAACAAUCAUUAGCAAAUACGAAUGAAUCAAGUAUAUUAUUAAUAUUCAAACAAGCUAUAUCUGAUGGAAUUAAAUCAAAAGAAGCUUAUGCAUUAGCUAAUGGUAUAGGACAAAUGUUGUUAGAAGAAGCAACAAAAGAACAAAAACGUUUUCCUGCUAAUACAACUGAAGACCAAACAAUAACAACAACAACAACGACGAUACCAAUUAUUGAAAAUAAUGGUCAUGGACAAUAUACAAAAAUGUGUGGAUUAAUAAAAACAAUGUUUGAAAAAAUAUCUACACUUUUAUUUGAUCAAGAAACAGUUAGUAAAUUACUUAAAUUCAUAUUCGAAAAAGUUUCAAAUGAACCUGAACAAUCAGCAUCAUAUUAUGAAAAUAUCAAUCAGUUAUUAAAGGUAUUUAUUCAACAUCCAUUUAUUUUCAAUUCUCCUGAAUCACUCGAACUUCUAUGUAAUUUAUUAAAACAACGUGUACUUGAAUUAGCACCUAUACUUAUUCGUACAAUCGAAGCUUGUGCACCAUUAAUUAUCUCGUUAAAUAAAAAUAGUAUGAUGACUCUUCUUGAUACUGAACUUUCAACUUAUUUAACACUUCAUCCUCCUAUUGCAAAACGUGCACUCUAUUGUAUAUGUGCACUUCAUCCGAAUACAAAAGAUGAACUUUUACAAAAAAUGAUUGAAGAUACACAAUAUGAUCAAUUUGAUAGUGAACAAUUUAUAACACGUCUUGUUUUACUUGGACAUAUGAUACAAAUAUCUCCAAUCACACUUGAAGAUAUUGGUAAAAGAAUACUUAGUAAUAUAUCAAAAUAUAUUGUGGAUAGAAAUCAAACAAAUGAUGAUGAUGAAGAUAAUAUGAGUACAUCAUUUUUUCACGGACAUUUUACAUUAUUACAUGAUGAACCUCAUGCCGAUCCAGAAAUCGGAGCAGAUGCUCGUGUAAAACGUGAAUUAGUUAAAGCAAUGACACGAGCAAUAUUAGGUUUACGAGAAAAUUCAUCUGGUUUAUUUAAUAUUGUUUAUAAAUUAAUUCGAAAAUGUAUUGAAAAUGAUCAAGAUUUUACAAAUGAAAUGAGUGAAAAUGAAAUCAUCUAUAUUCGUCUUUGUGGUUUAUCAUGCUUAUUGAAAUUAAUAUGUAAUCCAUAUUUUUAUACACGUAUAAAACCAGAUGAUUUUCUUGUUAUAAUAACUCUUCUUCGAGAUCCAUCAUCGGUUAUUCGUCAACGAACAUAUCGUAAAUUAGCUGAACAUUUACGUGAUCCAUUAUGUCCUAUUGAAUUACUUGCAUUAUUAGCAUUUGCUGCUAAAGAACCUGAACGUGAGCAUCGGGAACAAAUUCGUCGUUCAAUGUUACAAAUUAUUGAUACACGUCGUGAACAUAUUAAACUUCAAUUAUCUUAUAAAACAGCUCAUACAACCAAUGGUUUUGAUCAUGAUGAUAAUAACAAUAAUAAUAAUUCAUCAUCAAUAGAUGAUAAGCCAAUUGACUAUACAUUAUAUCCUGAAUAUUCCUUAACAUAUUUUCUAUUUUUUCUAUCAAAAUCACCAGCAUAUAUUUUAUAUGAUGAUACUGAAAUGUUACAUACAAUGACAGAUUAUAUUUUAUUUUUAUUAGAUACAUUAUUAUUACGUUGUGAUACAACAGUUGGUUUAUUUUAUAAAGGUUUAUUACGUUCAAUAAAAUCAUCGGAAGAUGCAACAAUCGUAUUAGAUAAAGAAGAAAAAAUUGAAAGAAAAGAUGCUAUUAAAAAAUUACAUGUUCUUGUUGAUUUAGCUUAUGUUAUUUUAUCACAACGUGCAUCAUCAUUAAUGAUGUGUCGUGCAAGUUCAACUGUACCAUUACCAGAAAUGUAUUUUAAAAAAGCACGUUAUAAUCAUUUAUCUUAUUUACCAAAAGAUUUUAAAAUUAAACUUAAACCUAUAACAACAACGACAGUUAGUGAUACAUUAACAAAUAAACGAGCAAUAAUCAAUAAUUCAGAAGUAGAUAAUACAACAACAACGACAAUAUCAAAUACAACAAUAAGUACAUCACCAAAAACAACAACAAGAAAAAAACGAAAAAGUAGUGGAGAAAAUGAAAAUGAUGAUGAUAAUAAAGAACAAACUUCUCCAAAUAAACGAAGAAAACGUUCAACAACGAAUAAACAACGAAAAAGAAAAUUAAGUAAUUCAAUUGCAGAGAAUGAAGAUACUACUUUAACUUCAGUACCAUCAGUUAAUGGUAAAAAAUCUCGAAAGAACAUCGUAAAUACUUCUAAUCGAUCUCGUGUAAGUUUUCCAUAUGAAAAACCACAAUUACGUUCGAAAUCAGCAUCAUCCAGUUCAUCAUCUCUAUCACCUCCAGCACGAAAAACACGAAGUAAAGCUUCAUCACGAUUAGCAACAAAAAAUUAA